AUGGUAUUUCUCCGCUCAGCUUCUCGUCUUGCACGUCCCGCGUCGUCGCUCUUCACAGCUCGUGCUGGCCCACGACUGACGUCGGGCGCUGCCUUCCUACGACAACCGAAUCAGUUCAGAACGCUAACAGCAACCGCUUCGCAACAGGGCAAGGUUCUUCUCGUUCUCUACGAUGGUGGUGUCCACGCUCAGCAGGAGCCUCGUCUUCUCGGUACCACUGAGAACGAGCUCGGUCUGAGGAAGUGGAUUGAGGAGCAGGGUCACGAGCUCGUCACCACCUCCAACAAGGAGGGCGAGAACUCCGAGUUCGACAAGCACCUUGUUGACGCCGAAGUCAUCAUUACCACACCUUUCCACCCCGGCUACCUCACAGCAGAGCGCCUUGCUAAGGCCAAGAACCUGAAGCUUGCCGUCACUGCUGGUAUCGGUUCCGACCACGUCGACCUCGAUGCUGCCAACAAGACCAACGGCGGUAUCACCGUCGCCGAGGUCACUGGAUCCAACGUAGUCUCCGUCGCAGAGCACGUCGUCAUGACCAUCCUCACUCUCGUCCGCAACUUUGUCCCUGCCCACGAGCAGAUUGCCCGCGGUGACUGGAACGUCGCCGAGGUUGCCAAGAACGAGUACGACCUCGAGAACAAGGUCGUUGGUACCGUCGCUGUUGGCCGCAUUGGUGAGCGCGUCCUCCGCCGUCUCAAGCCCUUCGACUGCAAGGAACUUCUGUACUUCGACUACCAGCCUCUGCGCCCCGAGGUGGAGAAGGAGAUUGGCUGCCGUCGCGUCGAAAACCUCGAGGAGAUGCUCGCGCAGUGCGAUGUUGUCACCAUCAACUGCCCCCUGCACGAGAAGACCCGCGGCCUCUUCAACAAGGAUCUGAUCUCCAAGAUGAAGAAGGGCUCAUGGCUCAUCAACACCGCCCGUGGCGCCAUUGUCGUCAAGGAGGACGUCGCCGACGCGCUCAAGAGCGGCCACCUCCGCGGAUACGGUGGUGAUGUCUGGUUCCCCCAGCCUGCGCCCAAGGACCACCCCCUCCGUUACGCCCAGAACCCCUGGGGCGGAGGCAACGCCAUGGUUCCCCACAUGUCCGGUACCUCGAUCGAUGCGCAGGAGCGCUACGCCGCAGGUACCAAGGCCAUCCUCGACUCGUACUGGUCGGGCCGUGAGGAUUAUCGGCCGGAGGACUUGAUCGUUCACAAGGGUGAUUACGCCACCAAGGCGUACGGGCAGCGCUCCAACGCCGAGCGCACCACGGCUCCCAAAUAA